CUCGUUUCCUCCGCACCCGCACGCUUCCCACCCGCUGCCCCGCGCCCAGCCGUCGCCGUGAUCGCCAGAGCGUUCCUCUGCCGAGCCGUUCGGCCGGUCCACUCCCGCGAAGCUUCCAGUAGAGGCGACCUUCGGAUCGAGUCUCGGCCGCCGAGGAGUCGAAGGCCAUGGAAGUGGUGGCGUCGGCGCCGGGGAAGGUGCUCAUCGCGGGAGGAUACCUCGUGCUGGAGCGCCCCAACGCCGGCCUAGUCCUCAGCACCACCGCCCGCUUCUACGCCGUCGUCCGCCCCCUCCGCGACAGCCUCCCCGCCGACGCUUGGGCCUGGGCGUGGACGGAUGUCAAAGUGACUUCCCCUCAGCUCUCACGGGAGGCCACAUACAAGCUGUCCCUAACGAAGUCGACGCUGCAAUUGACGUCUGCGAGGGAAUCUACAAACCCUUUUGUGGAGCAGGCCAUACAAUUCUCGGUAGCAGCUGCUAAAGCGACCAUUAUUGAUAAGGAGAGGAAGGAUGUAGUAGAUAAGUUGCUGCUGCAAGGUCUGAACAUUACAAUUCUUGGAUGCAAUGAUUUCUAUUCUUAUAGAAAGCAGAUUGAAGCACGCGGUCUCCCUCUUACUCCAGAGGCACUGCUUUCAUUGCCUCCAUUCUCUUCAAUCACAUUUAACUCAGAGGUUGCUAAUGGAACAAUGACUGGAGAGAAAUGUAAACCUGAAGUAGCCAAAACUGGACUUGGGUCAUCAGCUGCCAUGACCACAUCAGUUGUUGCAGCUCUUCUUCACUAUCUUGGUGUCGUUAGCCUCUCAUGUCCAGGACAAUCUUCUGGUGAUAAUACAACUACACGAGAACUUGACUUGGUUCACUCUAUUGCCCAAAGUGCACAUUGUAUAGCACAGGGGAAAAUUGGCAGUGGUUUUGAUGUUAGUGCUGCUGUCUAUGGGAGUCAACGCUAUGUAAGGUUUUCUCCAGAAAUACUCUCGUCUCAGGCUACAGGUGGGACUUUCCUCCCAGAUGUAGUAUCAGAUAUUGUUACACAAAGGUGGGAUCAUGAGAAUAAACAGUUCUCAUUACCUCCUCUGAUGACCCUUCUCCUUGGGGAACCUGGAACCGGAGGAUCAUCUACUCCAUCAAUGGUUGGAUCUGUGAAACGGUGGCAGAAGUCUGACUCUGAGAAAUGCAAAGAUACAUGGAGUAAACUGGCCUUUGCCAAUUCAGCGCUGGAGAACCAACUGCGAAUCUUAAAAGGACUUUCUGAAAAUCACCGAGAGGCAUAUGAGUCGGUAGUGCUAUCCUGUAGCCAUCUCACUUAUGAGAAGUGGACAGAGGUGGCUACUAACCAACAUCAAGAAUUAAUUAUUAAAUCAUUGUUGGCUGCAAGGGAUGCUUGCCUUGAGAUAAGGCUUCACAUGCGAGAGAUGGGCAUAGCAGCCGGUGUUCCGAUUGAGCCAGAUUCACAAACACGGCUACUUGACGCCACUAUGAAUAUGGAGGGUGUUUUACUUGCUGGAGUUCCGGGAGCUGGUGGCUUCGAUGCAGUAUUCUCAGUGACUUUGGGGGAUGCAAGUAAUGCUGUAGCAAAUGCUUGGAGCUCUGCUGGCGUUCUGCCACUUCUCGUUCGAGAAGACUGCCGUGGUGUCUCAUUGGAAGAUGCUGACCCAAGAACAAGGGAGGUAUCGGCAGCUGUAUCGUCCAUUCAGAUUAAUUGAUUCUACUGUUAAUAUUCUAUUUAUGUAUUGUGCCGAAUGCUAGGAGGUACGUGGUUAAAAUAAGUGCUGCACUUGCAGCAAGUUAGCACGUUGUUUACAAUGACUGUUCAUGAGUGUAGAAAAUAAGGAAUUCAAUGGAUUUCCAUGGAAUUAGUGCUUGUAGUUAUAGCUAUGGAAUGUACGUGAGAAAAUGUCAAGGUAUCCAACAAACUCAUACUGUAAACCUUGUAUUUGUAACUUUUGCGGUUUGUAUGAUAAUUCGGCAUGUGUUAAUGUUUGAUAUC